CCCGCCGUCUCUUCGUGUGCCGUGUGCGUGUUGUUAUUCAUUCGAGAGCGCAGUAAGCCUAGCCCCCCGAAAACGCUGUAUUUUGCACCGCCGUAGAAGCAUAGGAUAGCCCGGUUUUCAUCAACCUGCCGAGUCAAGUCAGAACAAACGAACGAACGGACGGAUGGAUGGUGUUUGCUGGCAGCAGCAGAUCCAUCGGUGCCAGCGAGUGAAGUUCGAGCGCGAGUGCGUGUUCGAGUGAAGAAGAGGUGGCCGACUUGCCAUUAGCGGCUUGAUUGAUUGAUUGAUUUGAACACAUACGCCGUCGCCGCCGUUGCCGUCGCCGUCAUCGCCGCUGUCUGGGGUUGCGCCUUCGAGGGAGAAGGUUUCCAAGCACUUCAGUCACGCAGGUUGCGUUUGUUGGUGCGUUUCGUGUUGCAUUUUUUUUCGGGCUCUCUUCGGUCAAACGAGUGCCGACAACAAGUAGAGUGUUUUUUUGAAACCAAAAUGAUGGAACAAGUUUGUAUCCGGCCAAGGAUUAUGAGUAGUGUGUCGGUUUGUUGAACAGUGCGGCGGGAAGCAAACAAAAAAACAAACGUUGGAUAGUUCCGUUUCCGCUUGAACCAGUGUACUUACGAGUGAACCGAAACCUGGCGUACGAAACGCUGAAACUGUGAUUUAGUAGCAAGCUUGAAGUUGAUAGGAAAAUGUUGUGCAGGAGUCCACCGCCAGCGAGCCCGGCCGUAUCGGAGAUCUCCGUCGGAUCGCCCAGUCCUCCUCCCGUCGUGGAUCAUCACCUGCAGCACCACCACCGGUUGCAGACCCAUCACAGUCGAACCGAUGACUACUUUAGCCCGCUGAAGCGGCUGCGAGGAGUCGAACACCACGGCAGCAUAAGCCCACCGAAGGAUGAACCCGUCACACCGCCACGGGAACGGCCAAGUCCACCGACGUCGGCUGCCUCGUCCGGCGCCACGGUGAAAUCCUUCUCGAUAGCGGACAUCCUCGGCCGGGACACAGAAACACACAGCAAUCGUGAUAGUGCACUAGCCCUGCAUCACCACCACAGUACGCUUCAGGCGGCCGCCACCAAAAUCGUACGACCGUGGGAUCACCUGCGGGGGCCGAUUCCGGUGCGGCCGUUCCUACCACCUGCCCUGCUACACUACGAACACCGGCUAGCGUUGGACUAUCACCAACAGUUGCAGGAACACUUCCGGGCACAGGCCCAGCUAUUGCGGCACAUGAGCAUGGACAUCAUUCCCUCCGAAAGCGGCUCGGAACGGUCCAGUUCGGCGGCCAGCGGCGAUUGCUGUUCGCCCGAGAUCGGCCGAACGUCCGAUCACCAUCAGUCCUCGCAGUCGUCGUCCUCCGGUUCGAACAACAACAACAACAAUGGCAGUGGUGGUGGUGGUGGUGGAGGAAGUGGUAAGAUUUCCGGUGGUCAGAAAACCGGACCGAACGGGACUCCACUGGAUGCACUGUUCCAGAUGACCAACAAGAACUUUGAUGAGGCGAAUGAGGAUGGAGAGCAAUCGCAUUUGAACCUAUUCGCCAAUCGGCCACAACCAAAGAAGAAAAGGAAAUCGCGGACAGCAUUCACCAACCAUCAGAUCUUCGAGCUGGAAAAGAGGUUCCUGUACCAAAAAUACCUUUCCCCUUCGGAUCGGGACGAAAUUGCAGCCGCCCUCGGACUGUCCAAUGCACAGGUGAUCACCUGGUUCCAGAACCGCCGGGCCAAGCUGAAGCGCGACAUGGAGGAACUGAAGAAGGACGUCGAAACGGUCAAGAUCAUGUCCGCCCAGAAGACGUUCCUCGAGAGCGUCAACGACAUGAACAUCCUGAAGAAGAAGAUCGCCCACGACGACAACGGUGGCAGUCCGCAUAAAUAAUAUUGGGCACCGGGUGCCUCCGUUGUCAGCACCUUCGCCGACAGCAACCUGAGCGCCGUAAUCGGGCCGUGUCCGAAGACGCCGGCCGAGCAACAGGCGGCCACCAAAACCUUGAUCAAUCUCACCACCUACGGCAGACUGCUACAGACGAUUGCCGCCGAUAAGACUUGAUUUGAGCGAGUAGUGCGCGAGCGUGUGAAGGAGAGCGAGAGUGUUUCAUUUGUGUGACUGGUCCAGGUAGAUAAACAGAGCGCGAAAGGAGUGAUAUCAGUGUUUCCUAUUGUUUUAAUGUUAUUUUGAAGUUUAAUCAAAUAGAUAAUUUAUUCGAUUCGAGGACGUUCGUCUCAUCCGGUCUCAUCCACCUUUAUAAAAACGUAAGUCAAUCCAGGUCGAACUCUGUAUGUAGAUGUGAUUUCCUUCUCCCUUGCAAUGUAAGAACCUUGUAAUCUAUGUAAAAUAUAAACUAAAAAACACGAAUCGAGAGACUAAUUAUACUGAAGCGUUGAUGCUUGUUAAGUUCCCUUAUCUGUAAAUAGUUGCCGUUGAAAAACCGAAGGAAAAAAUCUUUGAAAAACCCCACUCCGAUAGUAGCUAAUCCUCUCAUGUAUUUCGGCAAAACAAAAACAAACAAAAAAACUUAGCUAAAGAUGGCAGCACAAGCGAAAUCUUAAUUAACGCGAUGACAUCGUGCAGGCAAAAUGCCGAGAUGAUGAUGGAAAACAAUAACAAAGCAAGCAAGGUUGCGCGCUCGACGCGAACGCGAAAGACAGAGACGCAAAGCAUGGCAAUAUUUGAUUUAAUUAACGGGGGCCCCCCGUCGAGGGCAGAAGUAACUGUUGUAAAUAAGAGUUAAUAAAUUAGUUGGUUUGCCCAGCGCUUGCGAAAUUUGUCCCUCCGGGUCCGUUUUACCCACUUGACCCACUUCGGUCGGUAGUCGGAAUUCUGUGAAUCCGUGAAAGGGGCGACACGACUGCCGGCAAGUGUAAUAUUUCUUUCUGUUCUGCCAAAUCUCUACCACCACCACCUCCCUCCCCCGCGUUCACUGCCUCCGUGCGGUUUGAGGUUAUGUGAAUCUUGGUGCGCUGAGAGACAGCAACCAGAAGCUGCUUCUCAAUCGCUGCCCCAGGCCCCGCGUCUCCCACAGUGGAACGGCAAUAAAGAAAAGAGUAUUAAUUGAAAAAUGAAAUGUUAAAUAAUGUUUCCUAUAGUGUAAUUAAAAGAGCAACGCGCAAAAGUGUAGUUUAAUUAACAGUGAUUACUUCUGCGCGGUCUGUGAAAAUCAUGCUUUGUGAAAUGAAUGAACGGAUGAAUGGGGGAGCCGCGUUUAGCGGUCGGGGUCGGACAGAGAAGAUGCGCGACGGUAGACGGAAAGUAUCGGGAAUUAAUAUCGAAACUCUUGAAGCAGCUGAAGAAUUGUAAAUAUAUAUUUGGAUUGAAAAAAAUUAUUAAAAUUAAAUCCUCCUCAUCCCCUCAUUCGCUGUGAAGGCAGCGGCAAAGUAUGACUUAACACUAGCAAAGUACUAUACAAAUUUAAUUAAGUGGACAGAAUUAAGCUACUGUCAUUGUACUAACUCUAGGCAGACAGCAACGAAAAUGUACUGUACUAAAAGGAAAGUAUCAAACAAACUCGAGUGAAGCAUCACUCAUAAGAUGAAAAAAUAUAAAGCUUAUAAAUCAAAUGAAAA